UAUAGAUUGCAGCACUCAAUCCCUCAACUUUUCAGUACUACAUCAUUUUUUAAGUGUAUUCUGGUUUGUUCGACUCUGUUUUGGGAAGGCGAUUGUAGAGGAGAAGACUCCUGCAAGGAGCAACAGGCAGUAAGAAAGAAAAGGAGAGCAAGAGAAAGACAGAAAAAGAGAGAGAGAGAGAGAGAUGAAGGACAGUCGCCUCAGCCUCAGGAACAACAGAUAAAGAGAUAUAAAAGCAAGAUUUAAGAGGAGAGGAGGUUCUCUCUCUCUCUUUCUUCUACUCUCGAGUCUCGAAUCCCAUAGACAAGAGAAAACGAUGUCUGAGAGCUUUGCACUCUUUUACAUCCUGCAACUCUGAGAGCUAGCUAGUUGAAGCAAGGGUUGUGUGGCUGAAGAAAGAGAUGAUGGUGAAGAAAGAACUCAUGAUAUGGGUAUAGCAACUCAACCUCCACUACUAUCUUUCGUUACAUCUCAGUACUCCUCUAAGGGCGGCCAUCAUCAGCAGCAGCUAAUCCUAGACAAGACCAAUUCUUUGAGUUCUAUGUCCCAAGAUUAUCAUCACCAAGGAAUCUUUAGUUUCUCGAAUGGGUUCGAGAGAUCGCAACAGGAACACCAACAACAACAACAUCAACAGCACAUAGCACAGCAGAUCCGUAGAGAUAAACUGAGAGUUCAAGGCUUUGACCCUCCUCCACCUCUGGUUACCAUUGAUGAAGUAGAAUCAAGUGGUCUCCCGGGUUAUGAAACAGCAGGUAUGUUGUCCGAAAUGUUUAAUUUUACUUCGGGAGCCGCAACUCCGGGGGAUAUCUCAUUGGAGGGCCAAUUAUCCCACAAUUAUCGCAACUCAAGACCGCCGCCGCCUCCGGCUACUCCUGUAGGAAGCGAGUGGUAUAGUAACAGACAAGGAGGAGGAAUGGUGGUGGGUGGUUUGGGAUCGUUGGGAGAAUCCAAAAAUCAAAACGUUGUGGGCGAGCGUGACGCUAUAACUACUACUCAUCAUCAUCACCACCACCAACACCAACAACAACAACAACAACAACAGAUAUCAGGCAUUAAUGCGGACUCAGCAGCAGCCAUGCAACUUUUCCUAAUGAAUCCGCAACCAAGGUCACCUUCACCAUCUCAAUCUCAUCCUCCUCCUGCUAAUCCAACGUCCUCUACUCUCCAUAUGUUGCUUCCUAACCUUCCCUCAAUAUCAUCGCCUUCUACUCUUCAUCAUCAAGGGUUUCAUCAUCAUCAUCAAGUGAGUGCUGCAUCUCCUGCUGGUGCGCCUUUUGGUCUUUCUUCACAAUUCACUUGGGUUCCCGAUGGUGGGACUGGCGGUGUAGCUACCAGUGCUACUGAAAUUGGUGGGGUUGUGGAAGGCCAAGGCCUUUCUUUAUCGCUGUCGUCUUCUUUACAACAUCUUGAAGCGGCUAAGGCUGAGGAAUUAAGAAUGGAAGAUGGCGCAGCCGUGUUAUUUUUCAAUCAAGGUGGAGGAGGGUCUAAUACUUCUUCUGCUGCUCAAUACGCUUACAAGAAUUUAGGUGGCGGUCACCAUCAUCAGCCAUUGCAUAUAGCCCAGGGUGGAGGAGGAGUGGGUCAGAAUCACCAGCUUCAUGUUGGGUUCGGAUCAUCUCUGGGCGUGGUCAAUGUCUUGAGGAAUUCUAAGUACGCAAAAGCAGCACAGGAGUUGUUGGAAGAAUUUUGCAGUGUGGGUAGAGGUCCACUCAAGAAGAACAAAUUAGCAAGGAAUAAUAGCACUACUAACCCUAAUUCCAAUCCAAGUGGCAAUAGUGGUGGUGGUGGUGUUGCUACUAAUGGCGGUGGUGGCGGAAAUUCGUCUUCUUCUUCAAAGGAUCUCCCUCCUUUAUCAGCGGCUGAUAGGCUAGAGCAUCAAAGGAGAAAGGUCAAACUGUUAUCUAUGCUUGAUGAGGUGGAUCGAAGAUACAAUCAUUACUGCGAACAAAUGCAAAUGGUGGUCAACUCAUUUGAUCUGGUGAUGGGGUUCGGUGCAGCAGUACCGUACACUGCACUUGCUCAGAAGGCAAUGUCUCGACAUUUCCGGUGCCUCAAGGAUGCCAUAGCAACGCAGCUGAAACACAGUUGUGAGCUACUGGGAGAGAAAGACGCCGGUACAUCGGGCGUGACAAAAGGAGAGACUCCAAGACUUAAGCUUCUGGAACAAAGCUUGAGACAGCAAAGGGCCUUUCACCAAAUGGGAAUGAUGGAACAAGAAGCAUGGAGACCUCAGAGGGGCUUGCCUGAACGCUCAGUCAACAUUUUGCGAGCUUGGCUUUUUGAGCAUUUUCUACACCCGUAUCCAAGCGAUGCAGAUAAGCAUCUGUUGGCAAGACAGACUGGUCUGUCAAGAAACCAGGUCUCAAACUGGUUCAUUAAUGCCAGGGUCCGGUUGUGGAAACCCAUGGUGGAAGAGAUGUACCAACAAGAAGCCAAAGAAGAGGCAGAAGAGAGAGAACCUAGCCAAAGCAAUGGCAGCAACAUUGCACAAACACCAACGCCCAAUGCCACUACUUCUACCACCCCAUCUUCUACAGCUGCCACCAAAACUGCUACGACAGCAACAGCAACAGAAACAACUGCAGCAGCAGCAGCAAUUACAGCAACAGGCAAAAGAUCCGAAAUUAAUGAUUCUGAAAACGACCCUUCAUUCUUCGCAAUCAAUAGACAAUGCUUCUCGGAAAACCAAGCAAAAAACAAUUGUUCCUCCACCACUUCCACCUCAAAAAUGUCUAUUUCCACUUCUCUUGCUACCCAAACCGCCACCGUCAAGCCACCAACAAUGUCUCACAAUCUUUUUCCGACCGCCUACGACUCCGAGGCCGCCUGCCGCCGCAGCGGCAUUGUGACAUCUGCCAACGCUGAGAUGGGGUCCACGUUCAUAAGGUUUGGAACUAGUGCUGGAGAUGUUUCACUUACUCUAGGGCUACGUCAUGCCGGAAACCUACCGGAGAAUAGUAGUACUCCCUUUUCUGUUCGAGACUUCGGGGCAGUUAGUUAAACUAAUUAUUGGAAUCACACAAGUACUUGGAGAUGAAGAGAAGAUCAGAAGAUAAUUUGGAUUUGAUAAUGGUCUUUAGUACCUGUUUUUUUUGUUCUUAUUUGUACUUCUACUAUUAUCUAGUCAAAUACGUGACGAGAAACACAUAUAGCACUUAUGUUACAAUGCAGUAUCAAAAUUAUUGUAAUUGUAUAGCCAUUAUUUUGAGCAUUUGACGUUUUGUACUGUAUUAAAUGUUGCGUAGUGAUACUCCAUGCGAAAGUAACUAAAAA